GCCCAUAGAACGAUAUUAGAUGUUUACGGGAAGAGUAGCGACAGGAACAUUAUGAACAAUAGCCGAAACCUAAUUGCCGACGACCAUGAUGCCGAACCUGAGAUCUUUGGUUGCGAAGGCUUACCGCGUUCGUCAAGGACGUGCUUUCUGUUCCUCCUCCGCAUCCUCCUCAGCUCCUAAUCCUAUCGGCGACAAAGGAAAAGGAUUGAACUUUACGCCAUUCUUGGAUGUUACUAGUACUAUUGCCGUCUGGUCUACUGUUGGAUAUGUGCUUCAAUUUGGUUGGGAAAUGUCGAAGAUCUUAAAGAUCAAGCGAAAUUCGGACAUUGACACGGAAAAAUAUGAAAUUGAGAUGGAACGUUUUCGUGAGCAACUGCUCCGUAAGCUCCGCGGAUUAUCCGAGGAAUGACUUGGGAGAUGAAAUGUAUUAUUAGUUGCAAUGCUGUGAGCUGAAUUAUCCAUGGUUUUGUUGUUGUAUUUAUAGUUGGUGCUUUACUUGUUUGUCUGGCGUUUGUAAUUUCCGACUUUGUUAACACACUAAAAUAAAUGAUUGCUUUUCGAAUU